AUGCCACCCAGAAGAAAGGCAGCCGCAGCUAAAGCGCCGCCACCAUCACCACCUCCUCCUCCCUUACAAGGAUGCACCAUAGCGAUCAGUGGUACAAUACCUGGUCGUACCCAAGCUGCUAUUGAACGAGAAUUUAUCAAGGUUCUCGGUGCGACGCCGACCAAGAACGUUACGGGAGCUACCACACACCUUGUCGCUACUGAAACGGACUACAACAAACCUUCCAUUAAGGUUAAGGCUGCGCAAUCUCUUGGCGUACCCAUUGUCACUUUUCAAUGGCUCGAGGAUUCAUUAAACCACACAGCUCGCAUGGACGAGGGCUCAUAUGGCAUUGGUUCUUCUCAGCCACAAUCACAACCCCAGGUUCAAUCCCAGUCCCAAUCCAAAUCUCAGUCUAAAUCGCAAUCCCUUCCUAUACAGAAUCGUAGUACCAGAAAACGGUCAGCGGCCCAGAACUCUGCUGCCGAUGAAGAGGACGAUGACCAGGAGGAAGUGAAACCGAAAGCCAAAAAGAAGUCUAAGAUUUCCAAGGUCAAAGCAGAGAGCCAAGAAGAGGAAGAGACGAAAGAAACAAAAGUUGCCGAUGGUCAGAUCGCUAAAUCCCGAGACGCUAGAAUUCCCCUUGACGAGAUCGCCGAUACCUUGUAUUUUAAUUACGAGGUUUAUAUUGACGACAACGGCGUCAUUUUCGACGCUUCUCUCAAUCAGACCAACUCGAAAGCCAACAACAAUAAAUUCUACCGUCUCCAGUUGCUCCGAUCAGUCAAGGACCAAUUCUUCUGCUGGACCCGAUGGGGCCGUGUUGGCGAGCGUGGACAGUCCAAAACUGUCGGCGACGGCACACUGCAAGUCGCUCUUUCUGAAUUCGACAACAAGUUCAAGUCAAAGACUGGUCGCGCAUGGGUCGACCGCGGAGAGCCUCCGAAGCCUGGAAAAUACGCAUUCGUCGAGAGAAGCUACGAACCAGACUCAGAAGAUGAUGAGGACACGAAAAAGACGAAAGACGCUACUAUUAAAAAGGAGGAGGAAGAAGAGGAGAUGCCCGAGUCAAAACUUUCCAGACCGGUUCAGGAAUUGAUGCAGCUCAUCUUCAACAAGCAGUUCUUUGCGGCGACUAUGGCCGACCUUAAAUAUGAUGCUGAUAAGCUACCUCUAGGCAAGCUCAGCAAAACCACCAUCUCUCGAGGUUUUCAAGCCUUGAAAGAUCUCUCGGCCCUACUAAACGACCCAAUAUUGGCGGCAUCUCAGUACAACACUGAUUACCUCGAUGCAACAGAAAGACUCUCCAACUUGUAUUUCAGUUUGAUUCCGCACGCGUUCGGAAGGAAUCACCCUCCCGUUAUUCGUGAUUCGACACUGCUCAAAAAAGAAAUAGAACUUCUCGAGAGCUUAUCAGAUAUGAAGGACGCGUCGCUGCUCAUGAAGAAUGAACGGAAAGAAAAGAUUAAUGAGCUUGACCAACAGUUCAGAGGCUUAGGAAUGAACGAAAUGACCCCGCUUGAGCACGAUAGUCCGGAGUUUACACAACUGGUGGACUACCUGAUGGAUACACGAGGACAUACUCACUACGUCAAUUACCAGGUAUCGCAGAUUUUCAGGAUCGAGCGCGGAGGUGAAAAAGAUCGCCUGGAAACCACACAUAAGACGUACCAGGACAGACGACUUUUAUGGCAUGGCUCCCGUUGUACCAAUUUUGGUGGUAUUCUCUCACAAGGUUUACGUAUUGCACCCCCCGAGGCCCCGGUUACAGUGUUUGGAAAGGGUAUCUACUUGGCGGAUAUGUCCAGCAAGUCUGCCAACUACUGCUUCCCAUCUAUCAGCAAUGGUCAUGCACUACUCCUUCUCUGCGAAGCAGAACUCGGUGACCCAAUACAUACACUUACACACGCCUCAUCUACCGCCGCCGAGGAUUCUAAAUCGAAGGGAAUGCUAUCCACCUGGGGUCAGGGCGAAACAGGCCCGAGCAAAUGGAAAGAUGCAGAAUGCAUCCAUCCAUCAUUAAAGGGGGUGAAAAUACCCGAUACUAGCGUGAAACCCGGCCCUACUAACGUUCCUAAUGUCUAUCUUCUCUACAACGAGUACAUCUGCUACGAUAUCUCUCAAGUCCGUUUGCGAUAUCUUCUUCGGGUUAGAAUGUAG